UAUUUGUUGCAAUCUUAUCUCAUGCUCGCUCGUUACCUUCGCUAUCUUUUUUGCUUUUAGUAGUAUGACAAUCAGGAGGGAGAGGGUAUAAAAGGGAGAGAGAGGGAGAGAGCAGGACAGAGAAAAGCGUGAGAAACCUCAAAGCAAAACCUCCAAGCUACAAAAAAAUCGGUCCGGCAGCAGAUAAAGUGAGCCACAAGGAAUCACUGUCAUGGAUCCUGCCAUAACAAUAGAAACCUUAAAAAAAGACCUUGCUGAAAUGAAGGCUGCUUUCGAGAAAAAAACAUUUGAAGCUGUUUCAGCUGAAGUUCAACAGCAGUCAAAUUUAUUAAAUAACAUCACAUUGGAAAUUGCCAUCACAGGAAGAUCAGGUGUUGGGAAGUCAUCUUUCGUCAAUGCCCUUCGAGGAAUGGAAGAUUAUGCAGAGGGUGCAGCUAAAACGGGGGUGACAGAAACAACAAUGGUGCCACAAGAAUAUUCACACCCCACAUUCCCCAAAGUCAAAUUUUGGGAUCUACCAGGAUUUGGAAAAGAUAACUUUAGUGCAGAGGAAUACCUAGAGGAGGUCAAUUUCAGCAAGUAUGAUUUUUUCAUCAUCAUCGCCUCAGGGCGCUUCACUGAGGAUGACACCAACUUGGCUCUUGAGAUCCAGAAAAAUAAGAAGAAAUUCUACUAUGUGCGCAGCAAAGUGGAUGUUGAUAUAGAUAAUGACAGGAAGUCAAAAGGCAUCAAGGAGGGGGACAGCGAUAGGAAGAUGCAGUCUGAGAAAGAGACGCUUGACACUGUACGGACAGAUAGCUAUGAUAAUUUGAAGGCGUUAGGUGUGUCUUCUCCAAGGGUCUUUCUAAUAUCGAGGUGGGAUUUGAGCAAGUAUGAUUUCCCCCUGCUUCAAGAGACCAUUGAAAAGGAACAGGAUGAACUCAAGAGAGAUGUUUUAAUCAUGUGUCUUCCGAUUUUUACAAAAGAUAGCAUUAAAAAGAAGAAGGCUGCUAUGGAGAGCCUGAUAUGGAAAAAUGCCAUGGUGAGUUGUACUGUUGGGUUGAUUCCUGUCCCGUUCCUAUCAUUUGGUUGUGACAUUGCCAUUGUGGUUUCGACAAUGAGGGAUAUCUGCAAAGUUUUUGGCUUGGAUGAAAAUUCCCUCAAUAUACUAGCAAACCGAGUGGAGAAAGAUGUUGAAGAGUUGAAAUCCGUUAUUGAACAUACCCCAAGCACCGGUAAGAUCACGGCAGAAUUCGUCAUGGAUAUCUUGAAGAGGUCAGCAAUGUGGGGAGCAAUCACAGCGGUAGAGAUGGUCCUGGGUUUCAUACCUCUGUUGGGGUCUCUCUAUGGUGGGGGCAGUUCUUUUGCUACCACAUUCUACUUGCUGAAUAAUUUCCUGGAAAAAGCUGUGAAAGAUGCAGAGAAAGUUCUGGCAAAGGCUGCUGAGCCUAAGAGACACAAGUAAACAGCAAAUACAUCUACCUGGUGGGAAGAGAUAUCCAGGUGAAGCAUGCAUUAUCUCAUCUUUCUAUCACAUCAUCAACCAAUUGCUCCCUUUAUUACUCUUCAGCUCAGCACUUUAUUACUCUUCAGCUCAGGGUUGCCAUAUUUCAAAUAGUGAAAAUCCGGACACAAAAGUUGUUGAGCUUUUCACUUGGGGGGAGGGGCAAAGUUGUAGAGAUUUGGGGGGGGAAUUGAUGAGCAUUUUUUUUUGCAAAAUCUCUAAAAAACAAAAGAAGUUUUUGAGCUAUUUUUAAGGAAAUUCAUCAAAAAUAUCAACACUUCUGACAUGUGUUGCCAUGGGUUUCCAUAUAUUUUCACAGACAUUUUUACCAAUUUUCAAAAUUCUGCCUGGACGCUACUUCUGACGGAUGAAUCCCAGACAUUUGGCAGCCCUAUUGUAACAACGCUUAAUCAGUAGCCAGCCUGGGCAAUUUUUGGCCAGUUAAGAGGUUCCUUAUCUCCUACCUGUCGGUGAUGGAUGUCAUCCAAGGCAAAUAAAAACAAAGAUGGCAAAGAUACAGCAAAUUUGUAGCAGCAAAACAUAAAGGAUGGAGAAAAGAAGAGAAGAGAAAUGGCUUCAGAGAGUUCUAUUGCUGAUACGCUUAAGUAAAUUGUGAUGCAGAAUUAAUGUCUGAAUGAUAAUUUAACAAAGGUGAAUCUUAAAAUUACAGCCCUGGAUCAAAAAGUUACUGAUCUUAAUGAGGAGAUAUCAAAAUCUGAAACAAUACGAAUUGAACAAGAUGUAACACAGAUCUCUUCUAGGGUGGGAUCCUGCAAGACAUCCUUAUCCAUUCAAAAAUAUACUACAGUAUAUAGUUUUGUAGCCUUUAGUAUAUUUUAUUGUUAUUUAGUUAUUGCUGCUUUUAAAAAUGUUUUAAUGUAGCCUCUUCCUCCUUUGAUUACUAUUCUUUCCUUUUCCCUUAUUUACUUAAUCUCAAUAAAAUAAUAAAUAUUGAAAUUUUAAGAACUUGUUUUUUUCUGAAUCCUCCCUACUGCAAUUAUUUCCCCAACUGUUCUAAUUUUUGUUUUAACAAAAUCAUUUACCAUGGGAAAACUAUAGGCAACAGUCCAGAUUGAGGUGACCUAACCUGAACCACAAGCCUGUUUUCUCUCAGCCUCCUUGUUGUAAUGAUUAAUCUUUGCUUCACUUCACCAGCUGGGUGGGUGGGUAGGUAGGGGAAGCCUGAGCCUUUGGGGAGGGUUUUUUUCCUCUGGAAAGAAGCAUACACAUACCCACAAAUUUCCUUGUACUUUAGGAUGCUACUGUUAUAAAAUCAUAUGGGGGGGGUUUGCAGGACACCACUAUUAAUGAACAGAGAGGGGUGACAGAAUUUGACAGCUGCAAUACCCAGAAUCCUGUUCAAUGCCAUCUUCCCUGUCUCCUCACCCCUCCCGCUAGGACGCAACCCUGCCUGAAGGAAGGCUUAAGGAUCUGCAUAUGCACAACAGUUAGCAUAAAUUCACACAUUUCCCCUCUCCACCUCCCCUCCGCCCAGAACAAAACAAUGUUUCCAGAAGAAGGGGGGGAAACCGCCCAAAUCCAAAGUGACACUUUUCUACUCAAGUUAAUAAUACAGCCUAUUAUAUGUUCUCUUACCAUGAAAUCUCUAUCCGCUGCCUCUGUAUUAGAAUUGCCAGUAUCUCUCUGUAUUAGAAUUGCUGUUUUAUAUCUUAGAACUGUAUAUGUCAGGACUGCUACCUUUUAAUUAGAAAUCCCUGUAUUAGGUAUGUUUUCCAGGUAUAUUUUCUGUAUGAACCCUGUAUGAUCCCAACCCCCCCUGAACCUUGCCCUACUGCCACCCCAUACCCACCCAAGAACGCACGGACAAUAGAGGGAUUAGCUGGCACAAAAAUAAAGAUGCCAUCUUCAACGUAGUCCACCCUUCCAUGGCCUGGAGGAAAACACCUGCCGGGCGGACUUCCACUCCACGGAAAUCGCCAGGAACUGCCCCACCUCUGCACCCAUCUCGACUGAUUGCCCCUCCUGCCAAACAACAGGGAGCACCAUCAGCGACGGGAGAAGAGCAAUUGACAUCUCCCCAUCUGAAAGAAAAAGUCAUCUCCUCACCCAGCUAAUCGAUCGCCACCCAUCCUCCUUGUCUUUCCCCUCCCUCCCAGUCCAGGGAUUUUCAUGCAGGGACAGGAGGGUAUAAAAAGGGGCUUCACCAUUUCCCGGGGUUCCUUCCUUCUUUCCAGAGGCAGGGACCCUACAGCUGUAGCUUUGCAUUCUGCAAUAAAGGGAUCAGUUUGUUUUUCCUGACAGUAUCGUGUGGUCUCUGUCAUUUUCCCGGCGGAGCUGAACUUAGUGCAAAUUUUGGAGCUUCCGACCCGCGUCUGUCCUUCUUAAAAGGCAACGCAUUUUGGGGUACAUUUUUCAUAACACUAUGAAACAGAGAAGGACUGCUUUGUCUUCAACAUACAGUAGUUGAAGUAGAGGGAGUUUAGGGUGUCCUCCUGCCACAAACAACUCCAGCUUUUCUCUCUUGGUGCUUCUUAUUCUUUCUUUGUUUUUGUUUUGUUUUUGAGGGAUAUGUGCUUUUCCUUUUUUCAUUUCUUGGUUUUUGAGAAAACCAAGAAACCAGAGAUGACAACAUCAGAACAAACGAGACUUCAAAUCAGGUCUCUGUCCAUAUUAGAGCUUGGAACUAGUUCAACAUGUGCAUUAAAAAACUAAUUCCCAUUCAUGUUCAUCCCUUUAUGAAACAAACUAGUUCCCUUUAUGUUCAGUUCACUUCAGGUUGGCCUCUGUUAUAUUCUCCAACCGAUGGAGAACCCAAUAAGGGAAUAAGGGCAGAUUUUUGCCUAGAACAAUGUUCAGUUCACUUCAGGUUCAUCCAAAUUAUCCUUGGCAAUAUUUUGUAUAAAUACUCUAAAGCAUUUAGAAAGUGACAAUGAACUUAAAAAUGAGCCAGAAAUCAUUCUUAGUUUUGCACCAACAUCAACUUAAUUCAUGUUUAGUUUACCCAGCAAUUAUGGGAACUACUUUCACAUGUAGUUCAGAUGAUUUUCAAACAAAUUCAGUCCACAUUGAACUUGUUCAUUCCAAGCACUAGCCAAUUGUUUUUGAGAUUGUUAUAGUCCAUAUAUGAUUUUACCGGCUGCUGAGAUAAAAAUCCAAGUUUUUCCAGCUGUCAGAGGUGGCUACUCUGACAACUACUCGCAGCUAAACUAAGAGAUGGCUAUGCAUCAAGUUGGGGCCAGCAACACCAGCUCUUAUUUGUGGUAUGAGUUUAUUCCUCCUCAGAAUGCAACUUUUCUGUAAAGUCUUACAGCAAUGCCCUUGGAGGUUGAAAUGUUCCCCCACUGGCUGCCAAUUCACAAAUAAACAUACAAAGUAAUAUAGUUUUUAUUGACAAUUGGAAUAAGCCUACCUAAAUCUAUGGGCUCUUUGUGGAGGAAGUUAAGUGGGUUUACUUUCCUCCAUACAUAUUUUAUAUUUUAACGGGUGGGAGGUUAUUUCUUAUAUUAAAAUGAUUAAGAGGUGUCUGAGUUUGGUGAAUUUUUGCUUAUACAUUUUUAAAAAGAACUUUGCAGCUUCACCCUGCCUUUCUGGUGCUAAGCCUUACAGGCCACUGAUAACCUGAAAGUGAGAGGCAGUCUAGAGCACUCCC